AUGGGGGAAACCAACAUAUUUUCAGUUGUUCGCGAAACGUCGCCCUUAAUGCCUGGGCGGCAGGAGGUAGAAGGUGAAGGCUUACUUCCUCCUGGGAACUCUAUGGCUCGUGAGGAGUCAAAGAGUAGCUGGUACCUGUUUUUGCUCACCGUCUCUAUUGGGGGCCUCCAGGUUGUCUGGUCUGUGGAGCUGUCCAAUGGAUCGCCAUUUCUUCUUUCUCUGGGCAUGAGCAAAGCCUUUCUUGCUUGUGUUUGGAUUGCCGGGCCCUUGACGGGUACAUUAGUCCAACCUUAUAUAGGCAUUCGAAGCGAUAAUUGUCGGAUAUCAUGGGGCAAGAGGAAGCCGUUCAUGGUGGUUGGGGGUGCAGCUACCAUCAUAUCUUUACUUCUACUCGCAUGGGUAAAAGACAUUGUUGGCGGGUUCCUGUCGAUAUUCGGCGUGGAUCCAGUUUCAAGUGGGACUAAGACGACAACCAUGAUCGUUGCGACGCUUAUGAUGUUCUGUCUUGAUUUCGCUAUCAACACAGUCCAAGCUGGAAUUAGAGCUUUUAUUCUCGACAAUUGCCCAUCCCACCAGCAGGAACUGGCAAAUGCAUGGGCAAGUCGAUGGACGGGAGUGGGCAAUAUCAUCGGCUAUGUUUUUGGCUACAUGCAUUUACCCAAAUACUUUCCAUUCUUUGGAAAUACUCAAUUCAAAGUGCUUUGCGCCUUUGCAUCUAUCGCACUUGGUGUGACACUGGCUGCCAGCUGCUCCUAUAUUCAAGAACGAGACCCCAGACUUGAUGGUCCACCGCCCUCAGACGGGCUUGGAGUUAUCGCAUUCUUCAAACAAACCUUUCAAUCCAUUCGCACUCUGCCACCACAGAUUGCGCGAGUAUGUGAGGUACAGAUUGCAGCUUGGGUGGGCUGGUUCCCCUUCUUGUUCUACUCUACUACCUACGUCGGGCAGCUUUACGUUAAUCGGAUCUUCCAAGAAAACCCUCAUCUCCCUGAGGAUCAGAUUGAUAAGGCUUGGGAAGAUGCCACACGCAUCGGAACAUUCGCUCUACUCAUCUAUGCCGUUAUAUCAUUCACCGCCAACACUGUACUUCCGAUCUUUGUUGUUCCUACCUACCAACCUACUGUCGGAGUGAUUGCACACCAAGACGAUCUAGAUGCCACUUUCGAUGACGAAGAAGAGCACUCCCGCAGGAUAUCAAUAUCCGCGUUGCCAACUGGAGUGACAUCAGAGCCUCUGUUGGAUGCACGUUCGGGGAAGAACAUGGACGAUGGAAAACCAACAUGGCUUUCACGUCUGCAGAUCCCCGGUCUUACACUUCGACGCACGUGGCUUAUGUCGCACAUCCUAUUUGCGAUUUGCACCUUUAGUACAUUCUUCAUCUCAUCCUAUCAGGCCGGCUCUAUUGCCAUAGGCUUCAUCGGUAUUUCAUGGGCUGUAACUCUAUGGGCGCCAUUUGCCUUGAUCUCGGCGGAGGUUUCUCGCAUAGACCUUGAACGUCGGCUGCGACGGCACACGGCCACCACCGACGGAUCUCCGGUCUCUGCUCCGGGCCCCCACGUGUCAUCCAACUCUUAUGUGCCGGUCUCCGUCGAGGAUGAAGAUGAUCAUCACGGUGCAGACGAUGCGAAUGCUGACAAUCUCGAGGAGGGUCGCUAUAAAAUCUCCGCCGAUACCGAUUCAGACAACUUGAUUCAAGCUGGGAUAGUCCUCGGACUGCAUAAUGUGGCGAUUUCCUUCCCUCAAAUAUUCUCUAGUCUUAUUUGCAGUGCUAUAUUCAAGGCCGCUCAAAAACCGCGCGGGGAGCCCUGGGAUGAUAGCGUCGGUUGGGUGCUACGAUUUGGGGGGUGUGCAGCAUUAGUAGCUGCGGUAUUAACUAAGCGAUUGGCGGAGGGUACACAGUGA